UAGAUACUAGUCUAUAUGCGUGUAUGUUUCCCCGUUUCACGUGCUAAUUCGGAAAAGGGUAGUUUCAUAGUUCUCUCCCUUGUAUCGGUGGCGUUUGGUCACGUGACAUAUUCAAGAUGGCAGCGACCAGAAGACUUGGAAAGGAAUUGGCAGACCUAAGAAGUAAUGGUUCAAAGCAUUUCAGGGAUAUAGAGGUUGAUGAAUCAAAUAUACUUAUAUGGAAAGCACUACUUGUUCCUGAUCGUGAUCCAUAUGACAAAGGAGCAUUUAAAAUACAAAUAGACUUUCCUGCCGAGUAUCCAUUCAAGCCCCCAAAGAUCACAUUUAAGACAAAGAUUUAUCACCCUAAUAUAGAUGAAAAGGGUCAAGUAUGUUUACCAAUCAUUAGUGCUGAGAAUUGGAAACCCGCUACAAAAACUGAGCAAGUUAUAAAUUCACUAGUGUCUUUAGUGCAUACACCAGAACCAGAACAUCCACUCAGAGCAGAUGUCGCAGAAGAGUACAAUAAAGAUCGUAAAAAGUUCCUCAAAAACGCGCAGGAUUUUACAAAGAAAAAUAGCGAGCCUCGUCCAAAAGAUUAAAUGUUCUGUGAUGCUUAUUUUCUUUCUCUCAUAAAGAAAGCCAUUUUUUUCUUCUUUGCUGCACAUGAUCUUACUGUUUUACAGGUAAAUGAAUAACACUGAAAGUGUUGUUCAAAAUGUACUGAUAGCCUGGGAAACAGGUUCAAUAUUGAAUUGCUAUUCAAGGAAUAAUGUUGAUAACAAUUUCUUUGAUGUUAGAAAAUUCUAGAGAUAGAUAAAAUCAUUUCAUAAACAAGUUCUCUUUUUUGUAUUUUUUGCACAAGAAAGAAACAAUGAAGUUAAUCAUAUGAAACUUGCAUAUUAAUAAAUGAGAUUAUGAUAAAGAAAGUUUUAUCUAGAUGGAAUUUGUUUGAAUCACUUAAAAAGUCUUUGAUGUGUCAUUUUCAGUGUACUGCAGCAGAAAUGAUUUGUUUUGUUUUUUCUUUUUGAAGUAAACUAUUAAACUAUAAAAUGAGUUUCAUGCUUAAUAUAGAAUCUGUUUUGACUUAUUUAUUUUCUUUAACUUGAGUGAGACAAAUCUAAGAUGUAUGUUACAUUAACUAAAAUGGAACAAAUCCAAACUAUGUUACUUUAAAUAUGGAACAAGUCCAAGAAAUGUUACUUUAACUUAAAUGGAACAAGGCAAAGAUAUGUUAUCAAGGGAGUAUCUAUGACUUAAUGCUUACAUUUCUGUUACUGGAAGUAAUCAGACUUUACCAGUGCUCAGUAUAGAGCCAGGCCAGCCUGUAUAGUUGUUGCAGUCUAACCUUGCUCUAUGCUGUUGAUAACUCAAUUCUUAUAUUUCAAUAAACAGAUUCUCUUGCUCUCAUGACAAAAUAAAAUUGAUAUAAAAAGUUACCAAGUCUUGAAAAUUCUUUUGUUUAUAACAUAUACAAUGUACUAUCUUACAAGGCUCACAUAUGAUCACAUAUGAUUGUCAUAAAGUUACUGCACAUUGCUCUUAUAGAGUUUUGUUGUAUUUAUAACUGCUCUUUUUUAUUCAUACCUUAUAUAAAAAGGAUCGAUUUACACGAGCUAUGUGUAACGUAUUCACUAAUUUCAUUAAUUAUCCAAUAUUUAUGAAUAUUAUUUUUAGUUAUACAAAUAUUUGUCUGCACAUUGCGUGAUAUAAUUCAGUUAUCAUAAGAAUAUCUAUAAUUUGAAUUUGUUUUUAGACUUCUUUGGAUGUUACUAGGUCAGGGUGACACUGGACAUGGAAGUGGCCAGUGUCAUUCAACUAAGCAACAUCCAUAAGGUCACUAAAUACAAAUGUGGGAUUAAGAAAAUGGUAUAAAGAUUUAUUUAGUAUAUAUUUCCGCAUAAAUUGACCGUAUUUUUUGACAGUUGUCCAGCAGAAACAUACCGUAAUAAUAAAACUAUUUCUAACAUUGUCAGGCUAUAUUAUUGUCACAUUUACUAUUACAUACUGAUUAUAUGGUCAGAGCAUUCUAAAUUAAAAUAUAUGAACUUUGAAGUUUUUUUUUCAGUCUAGUGUAUCUAAAGAGGUCUGAUUUAUAUCUCAUAUUAAUUCAAAUUAGCACUGUGUGUGUAAUGUACAUGCAUUUUAAUUGACAUGUCAUUAAAAAUUAAGACAAUGCAUUUAUAUUUCACAGGGAUUGUUGUUUCUCUCUGUCUCUUAUUUGUUCAUGCAAUACCAGUGACAUAUAUGGGGGGAUAUAUAUACUUGUAUAUAUACAGGAUUUAUACUGUCGUGUGUGAUGACACUUAAGUGAAGGGAAGCCAUAUCGGAAAAAAAGAUUCCAUCGUAGAUAAAUGCUCUUAUACUAGCAGAUUAGCUUAUGAUGACAUGUCUAUGUUUUAAUCACUUAUAUGUUGCAAUAUGAAGUAGUAUUUUAAUAUUAGAUAUUUCAAUGUACUUGUCACACUGUGUAAAAAAAAGAAAAAGGUAAUAGGAACUUGUAGUUGGUGAAAGUGUGGUAUAAUUGUAUAUUGGUCAUUCAUGAUAACUUGUCAGUUAGCUCUGUGUGCAUGUAUUGAUUUAUCAAGGGAAUUGAUACAGCCUCUGUUAAACAAUCACCUUUGGGAGGCAAAAAAUUUGGUUGUUGCUUAGGGGCAUUGCUCUGGAGAGGUUAAAUGUAUUUGUGAACUUUUACUUUAUAAGAUAUAGAUACUGAUUUUUGUAUAAAAGGUAGCUGUACAGAACUCUGUUCUAUGACAGUGAUGUCAGUUAAUGAUGUUUGUGUAUUAAUCAGUCAGGAUAACCUGUAACUUAAAUCUAAUUUUGUAUUGACCAAUCAAAUUAACUUGGGUCUAUAAAUUUUACAAAAACUCAGCAAUAUGUCGUAUUCUUUUGGCUAUGUCUGGAGAGACUUUGAGCAACAAAUAUUUUUAUUAUCUUACACCAUGUCAUUAAAACAAUAUAAGAAAACAGAAGGAUAACAAACAUUUUUUAGUUUCAAUAGGUUUAGGGAUGACUUGUGGUGCCUACUUUUUCAUAAGUUUACAAACACAAUCUUUAUAUUUAGUUUUUGUGAUUCAGUAUACUAACAAGUGUUUUACCAAUUACAGACAGCCAUACACCAUUGAUUUGCAAUUAUUGCAAUAAUUAAUUCAGAAAGGGAAAUUAAUUGAAUUAAACCAUACUUUAAAGAUGUCAAUGUAAUUUAAUAACUAUUUGGAAAUUCAUUCUGUAAUUUUUUUGUCCAAACAAAUUAAACUGAUUUUUUUUAUGUCCAAAAAGAUUUCAUCUUUAUCAAAGAAAACCAACACAGGCUCUCCUUUAACUCUGACAGGCUAUCCUGAGUGAUAAGUACUAUUUGUUAUACUAUGUAUAUUUAGAAUUAGAUGUUCUGUUCCAUAUUCAUAUCAUAUUGUACGAUUCAUUUUAAAUGGACCUUUUUAAUUGAAAAGUAUUAAAAGGCAGACAGUUUGCAUGCUAAUUCUAGUAAUAUUUUUUGUUUUAAUUCUACUUCAUUACCUCUUUGUAUGAAAGCGUAACUAAAAGUCUAAUAUAAUAUAAAUGUAUUCCCUCUGUAUCUCUUCUACUGAAAAAUACAUAGCACAGGUGAAAUAUAGAUAAAUUUAAAAAUAAUUUGUUCAUAUUCCAUUCUAAUUGUUUUUGAAAUAAUAAGUUACAUGCAUCAGGUUUUAUCUGUUAAUUCUCAAAUAUAAAAUUCAGCAUUUUAUUGGUUGCUCAUAGGUAGGAAAGAAUUAAUAUAUUUUGAUAACAUAAAUUAUUACCUCCUUUUUGACUUAGAAAUAUUUAGUUCUGGUACCACCUGACUUUUUUUAAUUAAGCCCCCUAUUUCUUGUUAAAGCUUGGAAAAUACUUAAAAAUAACCAUAAAUUUUUACUUUGAAACAAGUACAUUUCUUAAGUUAUACCAUUUUUUCAUACUUUCAAAGACCCGUUUUUAUUACUCUAGUUGCAUAAAAAGUUGGAACACCCCUAUAUUACGAACAGCAUAUACUUACCUCUUUCCUUUGUCUGAUUGGCCGAUUCAUUUUUGAAUUUGACCAAUAAAAACUCUUCAAAUUUUAGACUGGUGUCAGUGAUUUUGAUCAAGUGUGAAUUUGAACUUGUAUAACUUUGUAAAUCAUUAUUGUAUACUAAUAACUUUACAUAUUGUAGAGUAUAUGUAUAUUGUGUGUGUGCAUUUGUAUAGGAAUUAAUGAAAAUAUUUAUGUGAUGUUUUGGAGAUUAUGGUUGAUGGUUUUUGUUUUUUUCUGUUAACUUGGUGGUCUGAUUGUCAAGUGUAAGUUUUUGGUUUUCCGUGAAAGCAUGUUGUAUUCCAACAAUUAUGGACUGUAGAUGUGCCCAUUGUCAUUAUAUAAAAAUUAAGUGAAUAAGUCUUAUUCAGUUGUACAGUAUUUGAGAAUACUUGCUGAACCUUAAACCUUCUGCAGCCAAAAGUGGAUACAACCUGACCCGGCUCAGUACUGUCCGUGGCUCAAUUUUUUGUAUUUAAUUAUGUUAAAAACCGCCUCCGUGGUUGAGGGGUUAGAGUCGAUAACUUCUUAUCCAGUUACCUCUCUGGCGUGGGUUCGAUCACCGGAAGAUGCUUUGGUAGUUUAGUGCGGAGGAAGGAAGUCUAGUACUGGCGUAACUCUCCAGGAACGAUGGUUAGGAAACUACCCGACUAUAUGACUUAAAUACUGUUGGGAAAAGGCAUAAAAUGAAACAAACGAACAAACAAUUAUGGGAAUCCCUUAAUUUGACUGUGCAGGGCAAAUCCAUUAGCUUAAGGAGGAAUUAAUGCAAUAGUUUUAAAAUUAUUUGAGUAACAUCUAUGUAAUUGAACAAUUUUAUAGCAGGUAGAGGCACUAGCACAUUAGAAAAACAUCAAGAAAUAUUUUAUGGGAUACUCUUCUAUACCAUAAUUGUUUCAGACCCUGAAAUGUAGAGUUUUUCAAUUUGGAACAGAAGACAAAAUUAAAUAAUGGGACAAAGUAUAAAAUCACCAUGAUCGUAUAGUUAAUCAUGUUUUCUUUCCAGAAAUUAUAUGAAUAGUAUUUUUGAUCUUUAUUUUUUGAAAGAAACAAUCAACAGUGCAGAGUUGUAUGACAUACAGUGCGGAUUUAUAUUUUUGACCAACAAAUUUGUUUAUAAUUUAUUUUCUAUAAAUUUGAGGAAUGUGUUAUUUUAUUAUAUACUAUCUGUCACAAUGUAUGUAAUGUGUGUAAUGUAAAGAUCAUAACAGUGAUAAAUCUUUGUUCAUGAUAAAGAAGUUUUUUUUGUUGUUUUUUGUUUGUAUUUUUUUCAGAAACAUGGAAAAAGAGAAAAGUUUGUUAAGACUCUCGUUCAUUUAAUCUAAAUUUUAGAUAUUUCUCUCUGGUAGUGAUAUUGUAUGUACUUUGAACUAUUGAAAUUUUCACCAAGACACAA